AUGUGUGACAACCUUAUCUAUCUAUCUAUCUAUCUAUCUAUCUAUCUAUCUAUCUAUCUAUCUAUCUAUCUAUCUAUCUAUCCCACGUUAUCGCCUCACUUUCUUUCUUUCUUUCUUUUUCUUUCUUUCUUUCUUUCUUUCUUUCUUUCUUUUCUGUCAAUCAGUGAAGCAGACGUUAAAUACAUGAGAGCGUUAUCAACUCCUGUAUUUUUCCUUCCUUCCUUCCAUCCUUUCUUUUUCUUUCUUUCUUUCUUUCUUUCUUUCUUUCUUUCUUUCUUUUGUCCAUCUAUUCUUAUUCCUUCUCUUUCUUUCUUUCUUUCUUUCUUUCUUUCUUUUGUCCAUCUAUUCUUAUUCCUUCUCUUUCUUUCUUUCUUUCUUUCUUUCUUUCUUUCUUUCUUUCUUUCUUUCUUUUGUCCAUCUAUUCUUAUUCCUUCUCUUUCUUUCUUUUUUCUUUCUUUCUUUCUUUCUUUCUUUCUUUUUUCUUUCUUUCUUUUGUCCAUCUAUUCUUAUUCCUUCUCUUUCUUUCUUUCUUUCUUUAUUUCUUUUGUCCAUCUAUUCUUAUUUCUUUUGUCCAUCUAUUCUUAUUCCUUUUCUUUCUUUCUUUCUUUCUUUCUUUCUUUCUUUCUUUCUUUCUUUCUUUCUUUUGUCCAUCUAUUCUUGUUCCUUCUCUUUCUUUCUUUCUUUCUUUCUUUCUUUCUUUCUUUUGUCCAUCUAUUCUUAUUCCUCCUCUUUCUUUCUUUCUUUCUUUCUUUUCUUUCUUUCUUUUUCUUUUUUUUCUUUCUUUCGUCCAUCUAUUCUUAUUCCCUUUUCUUUUCUUUCUUUUCUUUCUUUCUUUUUUGUCCAUCUAUUCUUUUUCCUUCUCUUUCUUUCUUUCUUUCUUUUUCUCCGCAAUCCAUUUUACUACACGCACGCAUAUCUAUCUAUCUAUCUAUCUAUCUAUCUAUCUAUCUAUCUAUCUAUCUAUCUAUGUUCUGCUAUUUAACUUUUUAA